CAAACUUGCACACUUCUUUAAGCUCUCAUCAAUGGCUUACAAGACUAAUGCAACAGCAUCAUUUGCUCUCUUUCUCACCAUCUUCUUCUUCUUCUUCACACUUAGUUCCUCCUGGCCUAGACCAGCUUCUCCUCCUCCUCCUCCUCCUCCUUGUGAUGAUGAUAAUAAGCUCUGUCCUAUAGACACACUCAAGCUUGGAGUUUGCAUUGAUGUGCUCAAUGGACUCCUUAAUGUGACUAUUGGUAAACCACCAAAAGAACCAUGUUGCCCUCUUCUUGGAGGACUUCUUGAUGUUGAGGCUGCAGUCUGUCUUUGUACUGCCAUCAAAGCUGAUAUUCUUGGUAUUCAUCUUAACAUCCCUAUAGACUUAAGCUUGCUCCUUAACUACUGUGGCAAAGGUGUCCCUAAGGGCUUUAAAUGUCCUUGAUAACCACUCUCUUUCUCUGUGAGUGUGUGUGUGUGUGUGUGUUUCAUGAAGUUCUAUUUGAAUGGUUUGUAUAGUGUAACCAGUGUCAUGUGGUUGUGUGAUUGUUGAUGUUUGUGUUUAUUUAGGAGCAUUUCAGCUUUCAACUUUUGUUGAAUAAGUCUCUGGUUCUGCAUGAAAAAAAAGCAGGUUUUAGAGAUAUGUAUUACCGUGAUUUAAAUGUCUAAGUUCAGGGUUUCUUGUUGUGAGUUGAAUUUGUAAGUUUAAGUGGAUGUUUUGCUUAA